AUGCACCUCGUCCAGCUCCUAUUAACUGCCUCGUUGAUCGCUGCUACCACGGCGGCUCCUCUCCUGAACCAAGAGGUCAUCACCGAAACGCAACAUAGGGCGUGCGUUUACGGAGCCCCGAAAAAGUAUGACCACUGGAUCAUUCACUAUCACGAGGUGAAGCCGCCAUCCCAGUUCCCGAUGCGGUUUAUUCUCGAUCCAGCAUGGGUAGCGCGCCACCAAAACGUCGGAGAUGCAGAUCAUUUCUCUUUGGGCACUACCUGGGUCCCGUGGGCUGAAAACAGGUCUAAGCACUCGACGCCCGAGGAAGGAGAAUUUUCCUGCUAUUUCUUUGACGCCCUCAUUCAGCCCGAAAAUAUUGUGCCGCGCGCACCAGACGAACCUUUCAAACUUACGCAUGCAUUUAACAGGCUCUGCGAGAAUGAUACUGAGAUCUAG